AUGGCAACACCAAACCCUCUACUGGAAAGACUUCGCGCGAUUUUGGCGGAAAGGAAGACAAGAGGACGCCUCAGGUCCUUGAAAACGCUUCCGUCUGAUGUCGCGGAUUUCUCUUCGAAUGACUUCUUAUCUCUUUCUACAUGUCCCGGCUUCCGUGACUUGUACCUGGACAAUCUUUCCAAGAUUGCUGCUUCGCAUCGCCUCGCCAGCAGCGGCUCCAGGCUCUUGGACGGGAAUUCUGAAUAUGCAGAGGAGCUGGAGAAAUUCCUGGCCGACUUCCACAGCGCACCAAGUGGCCGACUCUUCAACUCCGGAUAUGACGCGAAUGUCAGUAUCUUUUCCUGCAUUCCACAGAUUGGGGAUGUAAUCAUGUAUGAUGAGUUGAUUCAUGCCAGUACGCAUGAUGGUAUGAGGCUGUCCAGAGCCUCUAGACGUAUCGCAUUCCAGCAUAAUUCUGUGGAGGAUUUUCGAGUUAAGCUCCAAGCGGAGAUAGACAUGGAUCAUUUGAUACGUUCUGGCAAGCGCAAUGUGAUUGUGGCCACUGAGUCUUUGUAUAGCAUGGAAGGUGAUUUUGCGCCAAUCCGAGAGAUAUUAGACGUACUGGAGACGCUACUGCCUGGUGGCAAUGGUCAAUUGAUAAUCGACGAAGCGCACUCUACUGGGAUCCUGGGGCCUAGAGGAGGAGGGGUGGUACAGAGCCUUGGCGUCCAGGAUAGGGUCUUUAUCAGAUUGCAUACGUUUGGAAAAUCCAUUGCUAGCCUUGGAGCUAUUGCGCUCUGUCACCCCAUUACCCGGGACUAUUUGACAAACUUCGCCCGUCCAUUAAUUUUUAGCAGUGCCUCCGGCAUUCCAACUCUCGUGGCGACCCGUACAACUUAUGAGCUCAUGGCUGAAGGGGCAAUGGUGCCUCUCCAAACACAGCUCCAGCAAAAAAUACAAUUGCUACGGACAAGUCUCGCCGUUAUUUCCCCAACGGACAAAAGCAUCCUUCAGAUGAGGCAUCAUCCCACAUCUCCUAUAUUUUCGAUCAAAACCAAAUUCCCUCACGAUCUUGCAAAAGCUUGCCAGCAGGAAGGGCUCAUGGUCAGGGCAAUCGUGGCGCCAACAGUUCCACUUGGCACUGAGAGGGUCCGAGUUUGCCUCCAUGCAAGAAACUCAAUAGAAGAAAUCCAGAAGCUCGUAGCCGUUAUUGACAGGUGGGUUCAGUCGAGGGAUCAGACAAAGGCAACGCUCUGA